AUGUUUCCCAGCUCGGCGUACGCCAUCAAACCAGAAACCAAUGUAUUUGAAGAGACUUGCAAGGAGCAAAAUUCGAAGGCAUAUAAUGACCUACUCCCUAUCACAGGCUUUGAUUUAUUCCGUAAUUACAGUUUUGCAGGCACUGAUCUAAACUAUCAAUCUGUAUCUCUACCGCAAUUGCAAAUCAACACUCAACAAUCCACUCAGCUGCCAAAUCAGCUACCAGAUCGUAGAGGAUCAGACGAGACUACCAGCAGCAAUAAUAGCGAUUACAACCAUGCUAAUAACCGCACCGUAAAGCCACGUAAACAAUCAUACAAUAGCAUAGUUAGUGAUGACGUCGACGUGCCAGCUAUAAUGAAGCCGGUCGGUAGACGUGGAGAUGCUUCAUUACACAUCGCUGAGGACGGAAGAAUGCUGACUAAAGAAGAGCAGAGGAGGCUUAGUACCGAGAGAAAUCGACUUGCUGCAGCGAGAUGUCGUAAACGUAAGAGCUUAUGGACUCGCAGUCUUCAAGAUGAAGUUGACAACCUGCUAAAUGAGCAAAAGAAUCUCAAAGAGGAGAAAGAAAAGCUCACUAAUGAAGUACAAGAGUUGAGAGACACUGUAUCUGAACUUAUGAAUCAAUCAGUAUCAACAAAUUCCAACUACUUAUCAAACAACCUUCUCUAUUAA